CUGGAUCCCUUGUUGGCUUGGAUGUCCUUCGUCCAUCGCACGUUGAGCCAGUCCAUGUGGUGGUCAACUGCGCCCGCACGCUCACGCUGACGAGGAUGCCGAAUGCGAACGCGCAGUGCAAUGCCUUACACUGCAUAAGCACGACCUCAUAGACAUGCUCAUGUCCUUCUGUCAUCAUCAUCAGUAAGGAGAGAUUUCCAGAUCAAUUCGCCAGAAUGGACAUGUCAGGAAUGUCCAGCAUGGGUGGCAUGGACAUGUCCAGUGCGGGCAUGUUCACCCCAACCAACAAACACAUCGCCCAUGUAUACUGGUACCUUGUUGUCGCGGUCGUCGGUCUACUGGUCGCUCGCAGAGUAAUGGACAACAUCAGAGUGCUUGUCUUCAAGCGACAAAGUCAACAGAACCCGAAUAUCAUACCUUUUCGACCCGACAACGCCCUUGCCCAAUCCUACGACACCCUCAUCGCGACCUGCAGAGAACUAUCCUAUCCUCAACUAUGGACGUUUACGGGGAAGUUCAGCAGAUACUUCACUCCGCCUUCGCUCGGAAAAUGUCUCUUUCUUCUGGCAUACUGGCUCGUCAUCCUGACGAUGCUAUGGUCCAAUACAAUACUCACACCAUCCUCCUCGAACUACGCUUAUAGAUGGGAGAUCGUCGGAUUCCGCGCAGCCUGGGUUUCGGUCACGCAAUUACCAUUGAUAUACGUCCUGUCGGGCAAGUUCAAUCUUAUUGGAAUACUGACAGGGGUCUCGUACGAAAGAUUGAAUUGGCUGCAUAGAUGGGUUGCCCGGACGAUAUUUCUCACGGUGAUUGUCCAUUGGUCGUUUUUCUUCCGUGAAUGGGAUAUCGCGCACUUUGUCACCCUGGAAAUGGAGUGGAUGCCCAUGGUCAAGUACGGUUUCGGCGCGUGGGCAAUAAUCGGAUGGAUGGUCAUCACUGGAUUUGGGUUCUUUCGCAAUCUCAGCUAUGAGUUGUGGUUCUUGCAACAUCUGGCUGCGGCGCUUGUGUUGCUUUGGCUGGUUCAUGUACAUGUUCCAUCCUAUGCUGCGUAUAACGUCUGGUUUGCGAUUGGGGUGGUUGUCGUCGAUCGGGUCCUGAGGACGUUGAGGACGAUAUACUUGAACCUUCUUCCUGCGUUCAAACGGAGAGCAACAUUGGGACAGUCGAAGAAGCCGACUGUUGGCUACGUGGCCGAUGUCAAGGCUCUGUCUUCCGAUCAUCUUCACGUUACGAUUCGCGAUGUCAACUUCAAGUGGAAGCCGGGUCAUCAUGUGUACUUGUCGAUACCGCGCGCGGGACUGUUCGAAGCUCAUCCGUUCACUAUUGCGAAUGUGCCCAAGACUGUUACAGGGAACGAGAGCUCCGACAAGAUCGACCUCUACAUCCGAGUACAUUCGGGAUUCACUCGACGUCUACAUCGGCGCUGCCAGAGUCUACAAGCUACAAGCUCGUUUCUGUCUUUCAUCAGCGGCCCAUGGGGCGCACCACCGUCGAUCGAUCGGCACGAAUCAUUGAUCUUCAUGGCUACAGGGAACGGUGCGUCCUUCACCGUGCCGCUCUUCCUACAUGCAUUGUUGACAGGACAUCACCUUCGACAAAUCCGCUUCGUGUGGACUAUGCGCCAGGCUGAACAGCUUGGUUGGUUCAAGGACCAAUUACUCUCUGCAUGGAGGGAAGCUCAGAAACGGAAUGUCGCGAUUUCGAUAUGCAUAUACGUCACGAAGGACGGCACGGGGGUGGCGUCGACCACGAGCAGAAAUGCUCUUCUGGAAGACUCGAACGUGCGGUCCAACAAUGAAAGGUUCGAGGCUGAGACGCAGAUGACGACCUCAAUGGCCCAUCCUGCGGGCGAGAAAGGGGGAGACGAGGCUGUGGUUCAGAGAUCGCUGCGGUCGUCAUCUUCCUCUGCAUCUGUCGACGAACGUGAUUUACAGAUAAGUUACGGCCGGCCAGAUUUUGAUGCAUUGGUUCGACCUGUGGUUGAAGCUGCAUGGGGAGAGACUGGGAUCUUUGCUUGUGGAGGGAACCAGUUCAUGGGUUCUGUACGAAAUUAUGUGGCACGACUGUCCGAUGAACGAGCGGUGCAUAAGGGCACUGGUGCUCAGGGAAUAUAUUUGUUUUGUGAAACUUAUGGGUCUUGAGCUUUUGGCAUACAAUAGUGAGAAGUUUUUGCAAGCCUUUCCAUCGGAGCUUGGACUCUGCGAUCGUAUACGUCUUUUGCCUAGCUUUAAGAAUGGUAGUGCUCAAGGUGUAUU